UGGGGGAGGGGUUAGGAAAGGGAGAGAGAAAAAAGGAACUGCUAGUGCCCCUUCCUCUUGCUCGAGUUAGUCUAAUGUGUUCAGCCUGACUUUCUUCAUCCACCUGUUUGCAAUAGGCCUCGAUUUCCCCCACCCCUCCCCUACACACACAAACAACAUCCCCCUCCCUCCCACCUCACCAACCUUUAAUAAACAGCCUCAGGAUUGAUGGGGCUUGUGCUUGAAGCAGCCUCCAAGCGGGUCAGUCAGGAACUGGCCUGUUGCUGAGGGACAGGGGGAGGUAGGUAGCCAGCCCUCACUCGAGGCAAUAGUCUCAACUUUACCGCCCUCUCCCUCCCCCCACUUUCGCUUUAAAGCCGAGCUAAGCGACCGAUAUACUUGAAUUUGGGCUGCAACGUGACACUGAAACCGGGGACGGCCUCUACUCUUUUUAGUUGCGGUUGUUAAGUUUAUUUUUUUUUGGCUGGAGGUCAGAGGGUAAAGGGCAGAACCCCCACCCCCUGCCGGCAGCAGGUCCGCCCAGGGCUGUCCUGACCUGGAAGCAGGAGAAAAGAAGGGGGUGUUUAAAAACAAAGUUCUAUUAGUAGGAUUUCUUUCUUUCUUCUCUCUCUGUGCUCAGCUUCUAUAUGUCUCGCUGUCUGCAGGGGGAUUUUUUUGCACCAGUGUGUUUGAACUGGAGGAUUGCAUAAGUGAAUAUGGAAGCAAGUCUGUUAAAUAUUGGAAUUUUCAAGUAAUCACGUCAGAUAAUAUGCACUUUCUUUACUGAUCAAUGUCAUCUGGAGGAAUCACACUUGGAAUCUAGUUUGGCAGGAUUACUGCAAGUUUUUUUGCCACCUUAAGAUUUUACAUUAAGGAUUUUCAAACAUGGAUGAUAUGAAUAAUACAGUGAAGUAUCUCCCAAGAAAAACAAUUGAUGAUCAUGAUGAAGGGCAGUUUGGUUGCACGCUUGUGGAGCUUCGUGAUCUUAUGGAACUGCGAUCGAUAGAGGCUGUGCACAAAAUAGAAGAGUGUUAUGGAGAUGUCGAAGGACUUUGUACACGGUUGAAAACUUCACCUGUAGAAGGAUUAUCUGGAAAUCCAGUGGAUCUUGAAAGAAGACAUCAUGUUUUUGGAGAGAACUCUAUACCCCCCAAAAAAGCAAAAACAUUUAUUCAGUUAGUAUGGGAAGCACUUCAAGAUGUCACCUUAAUUAUUUUAGAGAUUGCAGCCCUAAUAUCACUAGGCCUUUCUUUCUAUAAACCUCCAGGGGGAGAUGAUGAAGUAUGUGGUACAGUAACAGGUGGUGAAGAUGAAGGUGAAUCAGAAGCUGGUUGGAUCGAAGGCGUUGCCAUUCUUGUUUCAGUUAUAUGUGUGGUACUAGUUACAGCUUUCAAUGACUGGAGUAAAGAGAAACAAUUCAGAGGUCUACAAAAUCGGAUUGAACAAGAGCAGAAAUUCACUGUGAUAAGAGGUGGCCAGGUUAUCCAGAUUCCUGUGGCAGAAUUGGUGGUUGGUGACAUUGCACAAGUUAAAUAUGGUGACCUCCUACCUGCUGACGGUGUGCUUAUUCAUGGAAAUGACCUGAAGAUUGAUGAAAGCUCCCUGACCGGGGAGUCUGAUCAUGUGAAAAAAGGCCAAGGAAGAGAUCCACUACUUUUGUCUGGUACCCAUGUUAUGGAAGGUUCUGGAAGAAUGGUGGUCACAGCUGUUGGUGUAAACUCUCAAACUGGAAUCAUCUUCACCUUGCUUGGAUCUGGAGAGGAAGAGGAGAAAAAAAACAAAAAGCAAGAUGGCGCUGUGGAAAAUCGAAACAAAGCUAAAGCUCAAGAUGGAGCAGCUAUGGAAAUGCAGCCAUUGAAAAGUGAUGAAGCAGCUGAUGAUACAACUGAGAAAAAGAAAACAAACGUGCCUAAAAAAGAGAAGUCUGUGCUCCAAGGGAAGCUCACAAAAUUGGCAGUUCAAAUUGGUAAAGCAGGAUUGGUGAUGUCUGCUAUUACAGUUAUCAUUCUUAUUCUGUAUUUUGUGAUUGAUACGUUCUGGGUCCAGCAACGUCCUUGGUUAACUGAAUGUACUCCAAUUUAUAUUCAGUAUUUUGUUAAAUUUUUCAUCGUUGGUGUGACUGUCUUGGUUGUGGCAGUACCAGAAGGUCUCCCACUUGCAGUCACAAUCUCUUUGGCUUAUUCUGUGAAGAAAAUGAUGAAAGAUAAUAACUUGGUCAGGCAUUUGGAUGCCUGCGAAACAAUGGGGAAUGCAACAGCUAUAUGUUCGGACAAAACUGGUACCCUCACAAUGAACAGAAUGACUGUUGUUCAAGCAUAUUUAGCAGACCGGCACUACAAGAUGAUUCCAGAUCCGGAGUCUGUUCCUGACAAUAUUAUGGACAGACUUGUUGCUGGGGUAGCUGUAAACUCUGCAUACACUACAAAGAUACUGCCUCCUGAGAAAGAAGGUGGCUUGCCACGUCAUGUUGGCAAUAAGACAGAAUGUGCCUUGUUGGGAUUUAUCUUGGCUUUGAAGAAAGACUACCAGGCAAUACGGAAUGAAAUUCCAGAAGAGAAACUAUUCAAAGUCUAUACCUUCAACUCUGCAAGAAAAUCUAUGAGCACAGUUCUGAAGAACCCUGACGGUAGCUUUCGAAUGUUUAGCAAGGGUGCCUCUGAGAUUGUUCUUAAGAAGUGUUCCAAAAUUUUAAACUCUAAGGGAGAGGUCAAAGAUUUGAAGAUUAGAGAUCGUGACGAUUUAGUAAAGAAAGUAAUAGAGCCAAUGGCUUCUGAGGGACUGCGUACCAUCUGCAUGGCCUUCAGAGAAUUUGAAGUUGAUUCUGAUGUGGAUUGGGAUAAUGAAAAUGAUGUACUUUCUGAUCUCACUUGUAUAGCUGUAGUUGGUAUUGAAGAUCCUGUGAGACCAGAGGUUCCUGAGGCCAUUAAGAAAUGCCAGCGUGCUGGUAUCACAGUCCGUAUGGUCACUGGUGACAACAUUAACACAGCCCGAGCAAUCGCAACAAAGUGUGGUAUUUUACAAGCUGGUGAUGACUUUCUGUGUUUGGAGGGUAAACAGUUCAACAAACGUAUUCGCAAUGCAAAAGGCGAGAUUGAGCAAGAACGUAUAGACAAGAUCUGGCCCAGGCUCCGUGUCCUUGCAAGAUCUUCGCCUACUGAUAAGCACACUUUAGUCAAAGGCAUUAUUGACAGCACAGUGUUAGAACGCAAACAGGUUGUUGCAGUCACAGGAGAUGGUACUAAUGAUGGCCCUGCACUGAAGAAAGCUGAUGUUGGAUUUGCUAUGGGUAUUGCUGGAACAGAUGUAGCCAAAGAAGCCUCCGAUAUAAUCCUAACUGACGAUAAUUUCACAAGCAUUGUUAAAGCAGUUAUGUGGGGCAGAAAUGUGUACGACAGUAUUUCAAAAUUUCUCCAGUUCCAGCUUACGGUCAAUGUCGUGGCAGUGAUUGUGGCAUUCACUGGUGCAUGUAUCACACAGGAUUCUCCGUUGAAGGCUGUGCAAAUGCUUUGGGUAAACUUGAUCAUGGACACGUUUGCAUCACUUGCUUUAGCCACUGAACCACCCACAGAAGCACUCCUGCUACGGAGGCCUUAUGGCAGAAAUAAACCACUAAUUUCUCGUACUAUGAUGAAGAAUAUCUUGGGUCAUGCUGUCUACCAACUCGUCGUUGUUUUUACACUCUUGUUUGCUGGUGAAAAAAUAUUUGACAUUGACAGUGGACGAAAUGCUCCUCUUCACGCCCCCCCUUCAGAGCACUACACAAUUGUAUUUAAUACAUUUGUCAUGAUGCAGUUAUUUAAUGAAGUGAAUGCUCGAAAAAUUCAUGGUGAAAGAAAUGUUUUUGAUGGAAUUUUCAACAAUAUAAUAUUUUGUACAAUUGUACUGGGAACAUUUAUUGUACAGAUCAUUAUUGUUCAAUUUGGUGGGAAGCCAUUUAGCUGUACUAAGCUAACAACUGAUCAAUGGUUAUGGUGCAUUUUUCUUGGAAUGGGAACACUAAUCUGGGGACAGAUGAUUGCUACAAUUCCAACAAGUCACUUAACAUUUCUCAAAGAAGCUGGACUUGGCACACAAAAGGACGAGAUACCAGAGGAUGAGUUGGAAGAAGAUAUUGAAGAAAUUGACCAUGCAGAGAGAGAAUUACGUCAUGGUCAGAUCUUGUGGUUCAGAGGUCUUAACAGAAUACAGACUCAGAUGGAUGUAGUGAAUGCUUUCCAGACUGGAACUUCCUUUCAGGGAGCUCUAAGGCGGCAACCUUCCAUCGCCAGCCAGCACCAUGAUCUCAGAGUGGUGAAUGCAUUCCGUAGUUCUUUGUAUGAAGGAUUAGAGAAACCAGAAUCUCGCAGCUCAAUCCACAACUUUAUGACGCAUCCAGAAUUUAGAAUAGAAGAUUCUGACACUCACAUCCCUCUAAUUGAUGAAAGUGGUGAUGAAGAAGCACCAACAAAACGUGAUACCUCACCUAGAUUAUCUCUCAAUGAAAACAACAAUGCUGUUGACAGUGGGAUCCAUCUUACAAUCAACACAAGCAAGUCUGCUACCUCUUCAAUCCCAGGAAGCCCACUACAUAGUCUGGAAACGUCUCUCUAGUGUAAGCAGAAUGUUAACAGACUAGAUCGAGUGAGCUACAAGAAAAGAAAAUUGGGUCUUUUUACACUGUGUGAUUGACAAGAUAUUCUUGUCUUGGACUUCAACAGAAGACACACCAAGAAUGUAGAUACUUAAGCUUUCUGCCAGACUAAGGGUGCUUUUGGAACUCCAAGUGACACACCAACCUGGUAUAAAAAUGACUUGCUUUGAGGAUUUGUUCUGUAACAGAGGAUGAAAAAUCAACUUGUAAGAAUUGUCCUGAGCAGUGUGUUAGCUGAACAUUUAGUUUUUCUUGAUUUUUCUGGAUGGUGUUUUUCAGGCCCUGCCUCAUUGAUACUUUAAUUUCUGCUACUUGGCUGUUAAUAUUUUUGAAUUAUUUAUGUUUUAAAUAACGCAGUUCUGUUUACAAGGUUUGUAGAUACUUCUGUUUGUAGGUAGGUGGCUUCCUGACACACGAUGCAGAGAAACUAAUCCUUCAAAUACUACUGGUAUUUUCAGGAAAAAGGGUGUUUCAAUUGAAACUGUACUAAAUAUGCCUGUGAUUUACUUGUUAAAUAUUGUAGAUAAAAAGCAUAACUUGUAGCCAAAUAAUAGAUAACACUACUAACAUACAAUACUUAAGCAUUGUUUUAUGGUCCCUUUCCCAAUGAAGCCCCUAAAUACUUGCACAGAUUUUUCAAUGAUUGUUUCAGAAUCUAGUUUCUGGGAAAUGAACUGCAAAGAUUUUCUCUACACAAAUGAGUAUGGGUGAAAUGUUAAGUGGAAGAAAACAGCCAUGUAUAAUGAGAUUCUUCAGAGUAUUUGUCAACUCAUCAAAUGGAUUAAAUCAAAUGCAUCAUAA